AUGAGUUCAGCAGCUAUAGCAAGAACCAAUAACUUUUGGAUUUCCAAGAUUGGAGCUGCUCCUCCACCCAACGAUCAAGACACCACAGAUGACCUCUCGGCCUUUCUAGUGCAAUGUGGCCAAGAUCCCACACAGCAACCUUGGAGCGUGUGCUGGUCUAUGUUUGGAACACCAUUGGUCAUUUUAAACAGCUUACAGUCCAUCAAAGACGUUCUCAUUAAUGCUCAAAUGAAAAAAACUAGCGAAGGUAGAGAAGCUGCCGAACGAGGUCAGCUUAUCUGUAAAAUUCAAAAUGUGGUCUUUGGAGGAAAGAAUAUCAACAAUACAAUCGGAAAGGACUGGCAUUGGCGUCGUCACCUUAUGAAUCGUCCAUUCAACCGUCGUGUGUUGGCAGAUUCUCAUCUUCCAUUCAUAGCAAAGAGGGUGGGCAUGCUACUAGCCGACAUUGAAACUGCAGCCAAAAAGCAAAAUACCCUAGAGCUUGAUGAAAUCUUUAUUGAUCUUACCAUGGAUGUCAUUAACCAGUAUCUGUAUGGACGUAGCGCUGAUAACGAGCUGGAUUACUCUAUUGUUGGUGGCAAGUCGAAUUUGAAGAACGAACAUACCAAUCUUGGCCUCGGAUUUAUGUCUCCUCUUAUCUGGUUACCUUUUGGCAUCGGUAAAAGUUCAUGGGCACAAAGGUCAUUCUCUCCUGCAAGGAAUAAGCUAAAGUACUUCAUCAAUGAUUCUAUCGAUCGAGCGCUUGAAGAUCAAGACAAGGUCAAAGACGACAAGUUUCACUCACUUGCUGCUGAAGUAGUCUCGAGCGGCAAAUAUGCAGACGACCGUGUAGAUCUUUUGAACGAUUUCUUGACAAUCACCUUUGCUGGCCAUGAUACAACAGCUCAUACUUUGGCCUUCACUUUUGCAGAAAUCUCGCGCCAUCCCGAUGUUCAACAAAGAAUUUUCGAAGAAGCUCGACUCGUUCUCGGUCCUCCACCUAUUGAUCCGGCUAGUAUGUCUAGUGAAAAACUAUCUCUACUACACUAUACUACAGCAGUCUACAAAGAAGCAAUGAGAAUGUAUCCAGCUGUUGUUUUCAUUCCAGUUCAUGCUAAUGAAGACAUUAUUGCUGACGGGCAAUUGAUUUCUGCAGGCUCAGAGAUUUGGUGCAAUGUACGCGGCUUACACAUGAAUCCAGAAGUCUUUCCAGAGCCGGAAAAGUUUAUUCCUGAAAGGUGGUUGAAGAAUCAAGACUUCAGUGAACACAAUGGCAGCGAUAAGCCUUCAUACUGCACCGAAGCUUCAACUGGUGGAGCACAAGCUUUCCCUGACCUGACAUUCACCCUUGGUCCCCACAUUUGUCUUGGUAAACAUUUGGCUGUUUUGGAGUUACGCCUUACAAUAGCUUCUAUUGUCAACCAAUUCGUCUGCACGCUUAAGCCUGGGCAUGUCAUCGAUACGAAAAUAGUAUUGACCACCAAGCCACGGCAUGGAGUCUUGGUCGAUUUCAAGACAAGAGAAUAA